AUGACGGAGAUUACGCUCGAAAACAACUCGAUUUCGACCAUCAUUGCCAACUUUCCAGCGACCUUGACGACCUUGGGCUUGUUUGGCAACCCGAUCACGGCCAUUUACGCCAACGCGUCGCAGUUUGAGAUCCUUCAAAAGCUCUCCAACUGGGCAGGGUCCCCCGACGUCCGGCCGGUACUCGGCUCGACCCUCGGCGGCGCCGACUGCCACGGCCACAUUGGCGUCCAGUACAUCACGCCGCGCAUUGGCAUUUGCAUCCUCGGCAACGACAAGACGGCGUCGCUCUCGACCGUCGUCGGUGUCGGCAUCGGCGUCUUCAUUUUCGUGCUCCUCAGUCUUCUCGCGGUCAUCCGGCUGCGUCGGGCCAAGAAAAAGACGGCCCAGUGGUGGUACCACGAGACCGACGACGACCAAAUGCUGCCGGUGGAUAUGGUCGAGACGUCGCGGCUCCAGCACGACGCGCGCUUCGACGACCAGCUGCAGCAGGUGCGCAUCCCGGUCACGGACCUCCAGCGCGACGUCGUCUUGGCCCGCGGCGGCUUUGGCGUCGUCUACCUCGGUACGCUCCGGCAAAAGGAAAAGGUGGCCAUGAAGCGGCUCCUCCCCAACUUUAUGGCGAGCGCGCGCGCGAUUGACGAAUUUCUGCACGAGAUCCGCCUCUACUCGUCGCUCCACCACGCGCACAUUGUCGGCUUCAAGGGCGUCACGUGGAGCAACGCCCGCAACAUCACGAUCGUCAUGGAGUACAUGCCGUACAGCGACGUGUGGAGUCUCCUCCUCAAGAACAAGUGGGUCACGUCGUGGUUCACCAAGAUGCAGCACGAUGCGAUGCGCGGCCGCACGACGAUGGGCAUGGUCAAAGGCCCCGAGUUUGGCGUCUCCAAGAUCGACGUGGCGAAAGCGAUCGCGAGUGCGCUCCGCUACCUUCACGGCCUGGAGACGCCGUUGAUCCACCGCGACAUCAAGACGCGUAACGUGCUCUUGGGCGCCCACUACGAGGCCAAAUUGACCGACUUUGGCACGAGCCGGUUCCGGGCCGACGACCUCACGAUGACGGCCGAGAUUGGCACGGCCGCGUGGAUCGCCCCCGAAGUCUUAAAGGGCGUGCGGUACACGGAGAAGGCCGACAUUUACAGCUUUGGGGUCAUGAUGUCGGAGCUCGAUACGACCGAGAUUCCAUAUGCCAACCUCUUUCUCGAGCCCGGGUCGACGCUGACGCUGGCGCGGACACGGAUUGCGAUGCUCGUCGUUAACGGCGAGCUCCGCCCGGGCUUUCGCGCCCAGUGUCCGCACCAGAUUGCCCGCGUCGCGCGGCGGUGUCUCGCAUUUGACCCGGCGCAGCGACCCACGGCGACAGAGCUGCUCGCUCUCCUCUCCGAGUGCACCCCGCCGCGCCACGAUGAGAGCGCCAACUUUUUCUCGUCCGACUUUUUGGGCGGCCAUUGAGCCUUCAACUAACUUAACAUGCCU